AUGAAGAUCUGUGUGUUUUGUGGGUCGCUGGCAGGCACCAAUGCCAGCUACAUCGACACCGCCACCGAGCUUGGCGAGCAGAUGGCCAGGCGGGGCGUCGGCCUUGUUUACGGCGGCGGUAACACUGGCCUCAUGGGCGCCGUCGCCAAAGGGUGUGCGCUGAACGGAGGCGACGUCCACGGUAUCAUCCCUAAGGCGUUAGUGACUCGCGAACGCCGCGGGCUGAGCACGGAGCACGACGGCACCACCGUCGUCCCCGACGAGAACGAGUACGGGAGGACGACGUUGGUCGACGACAUGCACACACGCAAGCGGAAGAUGGGUGAGGAAAGCGACGCCUUCGUGGCGUUGCCCGGCGGCUUCGGCACCUUGGAAGAGCUCAUGGAGGUGACGACGUGGUCGCAGCUUCUGAUCCACUCGAAGCCGAUCGUGGUGCUCAACAUCAACGGGUUCUGGGACCCGUUCCUCAAAUUUAUCGAGACUACCGUCGACGCCGGGUUUGUCAGUGAAGCUAACUCCAAAAUCAUCAUCAAGGCCAAUUCUGUCGACGAGAUGUUUGAACAAUUAGAACAGUUUAAAGUUCCUUCGGGGCGGUUCAAUCUCAACUGGUCAUCUACUUAA